AUGUCGUCCAACUUCACGUCCCGCGAGGAGCGGAGGAGGAAAGAGGAGCUCGAUGAGGCCCGCAAGGCCGGUCUCGCGCCCGCGGAGCUCGACGAGGAUGGCAACGAGAUCAACCCCCACAUCCCGCAGUUCAUGGCCGCCGCGCCGUGGUACCUCAACCAGAACAAGCCCGGCCUGAAGCACCAGAAGGCGUUCAACCUCACCGCGGAGGAGGGCGGGGACUGGUACAAGCGCGGCGUGAAGACGUUCCAGGCGACCAAGUUUCGCAAGGGGGCGUGCGAAAACUGCGGCGCGAUGACGCACAAGAAGAAGGACUGCGUCGAGCGACCGAGGAAGAUGGGCGCAGCAAAGACGGGCAAGAACAUCGCCGCCGACGAACUCGUCCAGGACCAGAUCGCGUUGGGCUUCGACGGCAAGAGGGACAGGUACAACGGGUACGACGCCGAGGACUACGGCAGGGUGGUGGACAGGUACGAGAAGGCGGAGGCUCUCAAGGCGGAGGUUGCGAAGCGACGCGAGUUGGAACGGGCGUAUCGCAAAGCCAAUCGGGACACAGCUGGCGACGUGCCAAAAGAGGACGGGGACGCCUCGGACGACGCGUCCGGGUCGGACUCCGACGACGACGCCAAGGCGGCGGACGCGGACGCCGAGGGAUUCAUGGAGGUGAAGAAGCGCGUGCGGUCCGCGGGAGGCGGCGCGUCGAUGACUGUUCGUAACCUGCGCAUUCGCGAGGACACCGCCAAGUACCUCCGCAACCUGGACCUGUCGUCGGCGUACUACGACCCGAAGACGCGGUCGAUGAGGGAGAACCCGACGCCCCAAGACGACCCGUCCUCGCAGUUCGCGCUGCAGUUCCAGGGCGACAACGUGACGCGCAAGACGGGCGAGACGCUGGGUUUCGAACGUCUCAACCGACACGCGUUUGACGCGUACCAGAAAGGUCAGGAGAUUCACAUGCAGGCGGCGCCGUCGCAGGCUGAGCUGCUGUACAAGCAGUUCAAGGAGAAGAAGGAAGCGCUGAGCGGGGUGACGAAAUCGGCGAUCUUGGAGAAGUACGGCAACGCGGCGGCGAGCGAACCGGCGCCCGAGGGUCUGUUGUUGGGUCAGACGGAGGGGUACGUCGAGUACGACAGAGCCGGUCGGGUGAUUAAGGGCCAAGAGCGCGCCACCGCCAAGUCUCGUUACGAGGAGGACGUGCACGAGCAGAACCACACGAAGGUGUGGGGGUCGUUCUGGCAGGCUGGCCGGUGGGGCUACGCGUGCUGCAGAUCCUUCCAGAAGAACAGCUACUGCACCGGUAAGAAGGGGCUGGACGCCGCCGACGCCGCCGCCGAUCUCAUGAAGGAAAACCUGGCGGCGCGGGAAGCCGCGAUGGAGGCUCGACGGGGGGAGGAGGAGGAGGCUGCGGCGAGGGAGGCGAACGAGGGCGGGGCGGACGGGAUGGGGAAGAAGACGAAGAACCCGUUCGACGCCAAGAAGGACGUGUGGGGCGGCGACGUCGCCGAGGACGUUCAGUUGGAUCCGAAGAAGCUGGCGGAGGCGCUCAGGCGAGAGGAUGCUCGCGAGCGGGGCGAAGGCGGCGCGGAGGGGGGCGACGAGCGAAAGCGGGGAUACAACGUCUCUCACGAGGUUGACGUCACGGAGGAGGACAUGGAGGCGUACAGGAUGAAGCGGCAGCGCAAGGACGACCCGAUGAACGCGCCAGACGCGGGAACGGACGGGUACGACCUGGUGUGACGCAACUCGCGCGAGACGACUCGACGGGACUCGACUUUUCACACUCUCGGCUCUCUUUUUACGCUCUAUGAGUAGCUAAAGGUC